GUUAAUUUUGCAAGCAGCAGCAGAAACCAUAAACAUAGUUUUCGAAUCAUUUUCAUUUCUUCUCUGCGUCAUCAUCUUCCACCACCUCCUUCUCCGUCAAUUCCAGUCCCCACUCCUCCCUUCCACUCUCUUUCUCUGUCCUACCGCAACCUCUUCUCUCAAUUCCACUCCUCAAUCCAUCGUCUCACUCUCACUCUUAACUCCCGCAUUCGCAUUUAUUUACACUUGCAUCUUCAUUUCAUUUGCAUUUCGCAGCUUCUUGGCACCGUUACUGAUCUUCAUGCGGUGGUGAAUCCGAGAACGGUUGUUUCAGAUCUGCACGCGGCCGCGCCAGAUCCGAACGCUCCUCGAUGGAUGAAGCGCUUGAACUCGCACGCGCCAAGGACGCGAAGGAGAGGAUGGCCGGCGUGGAGCGCCUCCACGAGGUUCUCGAAGCUUCUAGGAGGAGCCUCAGUUCCGCGGAAGUCACUUCGCUCAUCGAAUGCUGCCUGGAUCUCUUGAAGGACAGCAGCUUCAAGGUCUCGCAGGGCGCACUUCAGGCGCUCGACUCCGCCGCCGUCCGCGCUGGCGACCACUUCAAGCUCCACUUCAAUGCACUCGUUCCCGCCGUCGUUGAACGGUUAGGCGAUGCCAAACAGCCCGUCCGCGACGCCGCCAGACGCCUCUUGCUCACUCUCAUGGAGGUUUCAUCUCCCACAAUAAUUGUUGAAAGAGCAGGGUCCUUUGCUUGGACGUGCAAAAGCGGGAGAAUCAGAGAGGAAUUUGCACGAACUGUCACUUCUGCUAUUGGUCUAUUUUCAGCAACCGAGCUUCCUCUUCAACGUGCUAUUCUUCCUCCUAUUCUGCAGUUGCUUAAUGAUCUAAAUCCUGCUGUUAGGGAAGCUGCUACUUUGUGCAUUGAGGAGAUGUAUUCACAAGCUGGGUCCCAGUUUCGUGAUGAACUUCAGCGCCACAAUCUUCCUUCAUCUCUGGUGAAAGCUAUUAAUGCCAGACUAGAGGGAAUUCAACCAAAAGUUCAAUCUUCAGAUGGUAUUUCUAGUGGUUAUAUUGCUGGGGAAAUCAAGCCUGUGGGUGUUAAUCCCAAAAAAAGUAGUCCAAAGGCUAAAAGUUCAUCAAGGGAGAGCUCUCUUUUUGGAGGAGAAGGUGAUGUUACAGUGAAAGUCAUAGACCCCAUCAAGGUGUAUUCAGAGAAGGAGUUAAUCAGAGAAAUCGAUAAGAUUGCUGCUACCCUUGUACCAGAAAAGGACUGGUCAAUUCGUAUUGCUGCCAUGCAAAGAAUUGAAGGUCUUGUUUUGGGAGGUGCUACUGAUUAUCCAUGUUUCUUUGGACUCCUGAAGCAGCUUGUAGGGCCUUUAAGCACACAAUUGUCAGAUCGAAGGUCUAGCAUUGUGAAGCAGGCUUGCCAUCUAUUAUGCUUUUUGUCAAAGGACCUCUUGGGUGAUUUUGAAGCAUGUGUUGAAUUGUUCAUACCCGUCCUUCUGAAGCUAGUUGUGAUUACUGUGCUCGUAAUUGCAGAAUCUGCAGAUAACUGCAUAAAAACGAUGUUACGCAACUGCAAAGUUGCUCGUGUGCUUCCUCGGAUAGCUGAUUGUGCAAAAAAUGAUCGUAGUGCUGUACUUCGUGCAAGGUGUUGUGAUUAUGCUCUUUUGAUACUAGAACAUUGGCCUGAUGCAGUGGAAAUACAACGAUUGGCUGAUUUAUAUGAGGAUAUGAUAAGGUGUUGUGUUUCAGAUGCAAUGAGUGAGGUGCGGUCAACUGCCAGGAUGUGUUACAGAAUGUUUGCAAAGACUUGGCCAGAUCGUUCCCGUCAUCUGUUUUCGUCCUUUGACCCUGCUAUUCAAAGGUUAAUAAAUGAAGAGGAUGGAGGAAUGCAUAGGAGACAUGCAUCACCUUCUGUACGUGAUAGAGGCGCAUUGAUAUCAAUAACUAGUCAAGCUUCAGCUCCCUCUAAUCUAACUGGUUAUGGAACUUCUGCUAUUGUUGCAAUGGAUAGAAGUUCAAGUUUAUCAUCUGGGACUUCCAUUACCUCUGGCUUUCUUUCACAAGCCAAGCCACUUGGUAAAGGUACUGAACGCAGUUUGGAAAGUGUGCUGCAUGCAAGCAAACAGAAGGUCACUGCUAUUGAAAGCAUGCUUAGGGGAUUGGAUUUGUCUGAUAAGCAUGGUUCAUCAGUUCUCCGGUCUUCGAGUUUGGAUCUAGGAGUUGAUCCUCCCUCGUCUCGUGAUCCACCAUUCCCUGCUGCUGUCUCAACAUCUAAUCAUCUGACUAGCUCUUUAAUGACUGAGUCAACUGUUUCUGGUGCCAAUAAAGGUAGUAACCGCAAUGGUGGUUUGGGUUUGUCUGAUAUAAUUACCCAAAUUCAAGCUUCCAAAGACUCUGGUAGGUUAGCAUAUAGUACUAAUGUUGGUAUUGAGCCUUUAUCCGCAUAUUCAUCAUACUCAAGUAAGAGAGCUUCUGAGAAAUUACAAGAAAGAAGUUCUGUUGAUGAAAAUAGUGACAUCAGGGACACUAGACGAUAUAUGAACCCCAAUGUAGAUAGGCAGUAUAUGGAUACCCAUUACAGAGAUGGCAACUUUAGGGAUUCACAGAAUAGUUAUGUGCCUAAUUUCCAGAGGCCACUAUUGAGAAAGAAUGUAGCUGGACGUGUGUCUGCUGGCAGCAGGAGGAGUUUGGAUGAUAGCCAAUUAUCUGUUGGAGAGAUGUCAAUUUAUGCAGAUGGACCAGCAUCUCUUCAUGAAGCUCUGAGUGAAGGACUUAGCUCAGGUUCUGACUGGUCUGCUAGGGUUGCUGCCUUUAAUUAUCUUCACUCUUUGUUGCAGCAAGGUCAAAAGGGAAUUCAAGAAAUAGUUCAGAAUUUUGAGAAGGUAAUGAAGUUGUUUUUUCAGCACUUGGAUGAUCCCCAUCAUAAAGUUGCGCAGGCUGCUCUCUCCACACUUGCAGAUAUUAUUCUGGCAUGUAGAAAGCCCUUUGAGGGUUACAUGGAACGGAUGUUACCUCAUGUGUUUUCUCGGUUAAUUGAUCCCAAAGAGCUAGUUAGGCAAGCCUGCUCAAUGAAUUUGGAAGUGGUUAGCAAAACAUACAGUAUAGAUUCUCUCUUGCCUGCAUUGCUACGCUCGCUAGAUGAACAAAGGUCUCCAAAGGCAAAAUUGGCUGUUAUUGAGUUUGCAAUAAGUUCCUUUAACAAGCAUUCAAUGAAUCUGGAAGGCGCUGCUAAUAUUGGCAUUCUAAAAUUAUGGCUUUCCAAGUUAGUUCCAUUGGUUCAUGAUAAAAAUACAAAACUUAAAGAAGCGGCUAUUACAUGCAUCAUAUCUGUGUACUCUCACUUUGAUUCAUCUGCAGUUUUGAAUUUUAUUCUUAGUUUGUCAGUUGACGAACAAAAUUCUUUGAGACGAGCCCUUAAACAGCACACCCCUCGUAUUGAAGUAGACUUAAUGAAUUAUCUGCAGAAUAAGAAAGAGCGACGCUCCAAGUCUUCCUAUGAUCCUUCUGAUGUAGUGGGAGCAUCCCCUGAAGAGGGAUAUACUAGUUUUUCCAGGAAAGCUCAUUACCUUGGAAGGUAUUCAGGUGGCUCACUGGAUAGUGAUGGUGACAGGAAGUCAAGUUCCCAAGAUUCCUCUCUGAUUAAAGCCAAUCUUGGCCAAGCAGCUUCUGAUGAAUCUGAGGAACAUACUGAUUCUAAUAGUGGUAUUUUUGGUUUAAAAACUAAAGAUCUUGGUUACACAGUCAAUUCAAUGAGUCAAAACUUUGGCUUUCAAACUAGCCAAGUUGGACAUGUGGACAGUAGCAUGAAUUUUGAAGGUCUAUCAUCUGAUCUGGAUAUUAAUGGUCUGAUGUCAUCAGAACAUUUAAAUAUUGCUGAAGACUUUGGACUUGACAAAGAACAUCCCUCUGAAUUGAACCAUGAUCAUCAGUCAGUUGAAGGUGUGAAAGAAAACUACAAGACUGACACUGGACCCAGUAUUCCUCAGAUUCUUCAUAUGAUAUGCAGUGAGGGUGCUGGAAGCCCUAUUUUGAGCAAGCGGACUGCACUUCAACAGCUAGUUGAAGUGUCUAUAGCUAAUGAUCAUUCCGUUUGGACUUUGUACUUCAAUCAGAUUUUGACAGUUGUGCUUGAAGUGCUGGAUGAUUCAGAUUCCUCAAUCAGAGAACUUGCUCUGUCUCUGAUAGUUGAAAUGCUUAAAAACCAGAAAGAUGCCAUGGAGACUUCUGUUGAGAUUGUUGUUGAAAAACUGCUUAAUGUUACAAAGGAUAAUGUUCCCAAGGUCUCAAGCGAAGCAGAGCACUGCCUCACCAGUGUUUUAUCUCAGAAUGAUCCGUUUAGAUGUUUAAGUGUUAUUGUUCCUCUACUGGUUACUGAGGAUGAGAAAACUCUUGUCACUUGCAUAAAUUGCUUAACGAAGCUUGUGGGGCGGCUCUCUCAAGAGGAACUGAUGGCUCAGUUACCCUCUUUUCUGCCUGCUUUGUUUGAAGCUUUUGGAAACCAGAGUGCUGAUGUUCGCAAGACCGUUGUUUUCUGUCUAGUGGAUAUUUAUAUCAUGCUUGGGAAAGCAUUUUUGCCAUAUUUGGAAGGGCUUAACAGCACACAGUUGAAGUUGGUCACCAUUUAUGCAAAUCGAAUCUCACAGGCAAGGACAGGAAAAACACUUGAUACCGCUCAAGUCUAGUGGUUCAUUCAGAUGAAAAUUCGUUGGUUUUGAUUGCCUUUGUUUUAUUCAUUGUUGUGUAUUUUGUACAUUGUGUGCAUUAUUUUUUUUAGGUGGGUUUUCAUUGUCUCUUUCCCCGCCUUUCUCCUACAUUUUUGGUCUUUUUCCCCUGCCAAUGAAUGUUUUGGUGAGUGGUGGUGGUGGAAUACAGUGCGAUUGUAAUUUACAUUAUUUGAUUAUAUUAAAUGGUUUUCCAUAA